CUCCGCCUACUCUCCUACAAAAUGAAUACAAUAUAAUAAAUAAAAAUAAAGAGUAUUGAAAAUAGUAUCUUAAAAAUAAAAACUGUAACAAACUGUAUCAUUAUAAUGUUGUUGAACUUGGUGUUGAUAAAGUACUUUCAUAAGGUAUGCUGUUUUAAGUAAAAAUCUAUUUCAUGUCUCUUCAAAUGCCAUACAUUAUGUAAAUUGUCUUUGUAAUGCACACUAUCCUGAUGCAAGGCAGUGUAUAUAUUGUAACACCUGGUGGCAGUGUAUUCUAACAAAGCAAUAUAUUUUGCAAAGGCACCCAUGAAAGAACACAUGUAGAAAUUGACAUUCGAUUUGUAGUAAGAUUUAAUUGAUUCUCAUAUGCCGUGAAAGCAAGAUUCUCUCUGCAAUACAUUCAUAAAUAGCAUUCAAUUGCAUUAGUUGUGUAUAUUCAAAAAGUCACUGACUCCAGGGAUCCCCAAGCAGUAGGAUCUUAUAUUAUUUAUUUUAUAAUUUAGUCUGAAUAUAUUAUCAAGUCUUGCUAAUUGUCCAAAUAUUUGGGGGGUCAACUUUACUUCAUGUAAAGCAUAGGCCUAUAUAAUUGUAUGGAUACAUUUUAGUCCUUGUAGAUGUUGGUAGGAGUUUGGUUAAACAUAUCGAAUUUAGUCCCUUUAAAUGUGAUCAGUUCAAAUAAAUAGUGAGUGACAAAAAAAUUAACAUUUCCGAACUUUAAGCACUGCUGUUUAAAUUUCAUGGAAUCAGAGUUUAAAAUAUUCUUGGUAUUCCAGUUACAUGAUUAAUCAUUCUAAGUAAAAUAAAAUCAAAGCCUAAUAUUCAAUGGAUGUAAAGUAAUAUUGUAUGUAUAAAAUGGCUGAAUAUUUUAAGAAGUGAUGUAUGAACAGUCACUGUCAAUGAUGAUGUCGAUGACGAAGGUAGUGACGAGUGUAUAUGUCACUUUUGACCCACACUGAGGGUUUGAAUUCUUAAAGCUAACCCCUGUUUCCAAACACCCCUGAUAUUUGCUAGAAAUGAAGGGCUAUAUUUGGAGGAGUGUGAUGACAUCACAAGUGGUUGAGGGUAGGAGCCUAUAACAGAGGGAAUGGAGUGACAGUGUGUGUGAACAACAGAGAAACAUCUGUACCUUUUACCAGUACCCUCCAUUAGUAAGUUGUCCACUGGGUUAAAAACUGCAGGAGAUCACUGAUAUAUUGAUGUCUACAAUGUAUCAUCUGAAACUGCCUAUCCAGGUUGUUCUCGUCUUUGUGAUACUGCAUUGUGUUGCCACGGUUCCUCAUAACAGGUACUUCCUCUCGACUAAUGAGAAGGAUGAAGAUUUGCGGGAGGGCGAUGGGUGGCUGGUUACAGAUUUGUCUGAUAACCCCUUUAUAAGUUUCAUGGGGCCACGGCCCCAAAGAGAGCUGACUCCAGUGAACAGUCACCAUAUAGAGAAGAGGAAGUGUAAUACAGCCACCUGUGUCACUCAGAGAUUAGCAGACUUUCUCGUACGAUCCAGCAACACCAUUGGCACAAUCUAUGCACCGACCAAUGUAGGAUCCAGCGCUUAUGGAAAAAGAGACCUUCUCCAGGCACCCAUUUAUGUACCCUUCUAGUUCAACUACUAAACUUGGGGAACAAUAAAAAAAGGUUAUAUACCUGAUGAUGAAGAUUAUUCUGUUUUAUGGCGCAUUUGUUUUUUUGCACUUUUUCUGUGUAAAUCUUUGAAAGACCAAUGCCUUUCAGUAUUAACAAUUGUUACAGCAUUCAGUAAAUCUUGCAUGAC